AUGGAAAGUUCAAGUUUACAAGCACUUCUAUCCAUAUCAGAAGAGAUGGAAGAACCCUGGCCAAAGAAACUGAAAACAGAUAGUCAAGUGAGCUCAAAUGAGCAGAGGCAGUUGCUAAAAAGUUUAUGCUAUGCAGAUAAGAAAUCACCAAACAUGCAUCUAGGUUUUCCUGAAGGAUCUUCGGAUUUCAGUCAAAACAAUUUGGAAUUGCAAGAGAAAAACAGCACAAAAAACAACUUAAGACAGUAUCUAUAUUUUAGACUUUGUAUGAAUGCCAAUUUGCAUUCCAGAUUGUUAGGAAAUAUACCAUUCAUAGAAAAAUGGGCACUUGAAAAUGAUUACUGUAGCAAUUUAAAAGAUUCUGGUUCUGAAUUUAAUGAAAAUUAUAAUUCAAAACCCUGGACCAUUUUUGCUAAAGAAAAAGAAAAAUCAAUAGAUAGUGGCAACAUUUCAAAGAAGACUGAGUUACCAUCAGUAAAUAUACUUUCUUAUGACAUCUUGGCAGAAAACAUUGUUGUAAGAAUAGAAUAUUUACUUACAGAUGUGCCAGCAUUUCAAACUAAUGAAAAUGGCACAGGUUGUCAUCAUGUACAUGGAGAACAAAACCAUAUUCCCAAACCAGUUGCAGAUGGUGGAAGAAUCAGUGGCAAAACCCCACUGCUAUGUUUGCUAGCUGGCAAUUUCAUGAAAGGAAGAAAAUCGAACAUUGGAUCGUUCUUAUAUGAAUAUAAACAUGUUGUGGGUGAGGAUGAAAAUAUUUUAUUCCGCACAAAGCAAACAAAUCCCUUGGCAAAGAAUAACCUAAGAAGGAACAAAGUAUAUAAGCACAUGUAUAUAUCUUAUUCAAGAAGCUGUGGAGUUGUAAAUACCAAAUUAGUAAAAUGUGCUGCUUUUGAGUUAUUUUUACAUGAUUGCAGCACUGCAGUUAAAAAGAAUGCCUCAAUAUUCAGCCAUUUUUUUCUGCUCAAUACCCAACAAAGGGAAAUGUCCAAUGGCACCAGUACCAUGGAACACUUCGAAUUUUCCAGAUAUACUAUAGAAGAUGGUAGCUUUUCAGUAGUUGGUAAUGAAAAAGAACAAAUGGCAAGGCAACUUAUAAUUUCUAACAAACACAUUUUUCCAGAGAAUUAUUUUCACAGCUCUACUUUAUGGGGGGAAAGGUUGUGUAGUCCUACAGUGCACAACCUGACAGCAAACUUCAGACUGUUUAACUAUUUGACUUCAGCUCCACUCAAAUUUGGGAAGUGCAGUAUUCAACAAUCAAAUCUUCCAAUGGUGAGUACAAUGGAACCAAAUAUACAAAAGAGAACUGGAGAAUUCUUCAAUGAAAACAAUGCUUUUCCUGUUAAAAAAUUUAAAGCUUCUCAUUUUAUUCUAAGAGCACAUAGCAAAGCACAAGCAAGCAAAAGCAAUUUAUGUCCCAGAAUAAGAACUUGUAGCAGAUCAAUGAUGAACAAAACAAGGAAUGGUAAUUGUGAAGACUGUGGUUCUACUGAAAUGAAAGUCAAUUUGUAUCCGUUUGACACAUAUAAACAAAUUUGCCUCAGUACUGAUUCAGAGGAAAUUUCAUUUAUAGGAAAUGUGAUCUUUAAUGUUGAAAAUAAAAAAAAAUAUAGCAAAGGAUAUUUUGUUCCUGAUAGAAGAAUAACUUGCAGUGGCUGUGAUACAUUGACUUAUAAUUGUGUUCUCCCUCAGUUAUAUACAAUUUGCAAUCCUUUUUUGGAACAGAAAAGCAAAAGUAAAAAGUCUCAGUAUCCCAAAGAUAUAAACAACAAUAGUCAAAGGCACACAUGUGAAGACAACAACAUGCACUUCCCUAUUAAUGGCCUUAAUUCUGGAAAUGUACUUAAAUAUAAUGGUGACCAGUAUUUUACUUCAACUGUUUCUUAUGAUCUUUGUAUAGAUCAAAAUAGGCCAGUGAGCGUCAAAGCUCAGCGUUACAAGAUUUCCCGGCAUGGAAAAAGAAGAAAACCAAUUAAAAAAGGAGAAAAUCUGAAUUUAUUGCUUCAGAAAAGUAUUUUCUUAAACAGCACGCAUAAUCCAGAGCUAGCGUCUGUGAAACAAAAUGCCAAAGAAGUGGAUAAGAAAGAAAAUUCAACUUUUGAACAGAGUUAUAUAAGCAAAAGAAAUCAACCUCAGAAUAUAACUAUGCUAUGUUUCAAUUAUGGAUGUGGGGAAAGUGCUAGUUCUAAAGACAAAUUAACAAUGACUUCAUGCACAAUGAAACAAGGCCAUUUUGAAGAUGCCAUAGAAAAGCAUUUAUCGUCUGAAAUUAAAAGCAGGCACGAGUUUGAACUGAAAAAUCAAUUUGAUCUGGUACUGAAAGAACUUUUCAUGUUUAAUGAAAUCAGUAAGGAAAAUGUGGAAAAAGAAAUGUGGGAAUGUGGAAAAAGAAAUUUUUUUGAGAAAGAUCCCCUUGUAUUUAAUCAUUCUGACAGCAUACUAGAUGAAGACUCCAGAAAUAUUUUUGAAAAUAAGGUGAAUGUGACCUUUACCACUACUGGUAGUACUGGGAACAGUACUGUUGUAAAGCAUACAACUGGGAUGAAGCCAACUAAGAAUGAACAAAGUUUAUUUAAGAACACAGUGAUAAAAAGUCCUGGAGAGCAAGAAGUACCACAUGACCAUUGUCCUUCGAGUGUAACAGAUGAAGAAAUGUUCUAUGCACCCUCUCAAGAACCUGGCGAUUCUCCUUGUAAACAGCCUUUCACUUGGAGCCCAGCAUUUGUGCCUCAUACAUUUAUGGAAGAAAAAAGCUACGGUUUAAGAAAUGAAAGAGGAGAUUUUUUAUUGGAUGGAAUUGUAAGAGUACAGCCUCUUAAAACAUGCCGUGGUCCUUUAAGAGUUGGAUUAUCAAAGAAAGCUAAGCCAAAGCAACUUCAUCCGUAUUUGAAAUAG